AUGACAAUCUAUUACUCGCUCACAUUCCUGCUCCUAGCAGCAGAAAUGGUAACAUUCUGCCUACUCGUAUCUCCACUCCCUUUCACAGUCCGCAAAAAUCUUUUCCGGUUCCUCUCUGAAAGCCCCAUCGUCGCCAAAGUCGCGUAUGGGCUCAAGAUUUCCUUCAUCUUCGUAGGCAUUCUCUUCCUAGACGCCCUCCAACGCAUGUUCCGCGUAACAGCCGAAACCGAAAUGGCAAAAACAGGCGGCCAGAGCAUGCACGACGUACGAACCGAGACUAAUUUCGCCGCUCGCAAGUUCUACGCCCAACGAAACACUUACCUAACUGGUUUCUGCCUCUUCCUCUCUCUAGUCCUCACCCGCACGUUCUCCAUCAUCUUGGACCUCAUUCACACGCAGGAGGAAUAUGCGAAAUUGAAGAAAGUUGUUGGUGCUGGUGCCAAGGGUGACCAAUCCAAACAAAUUGAAGAACUCAAGAAGAAAUUGGCCGCGAGCGAAGCAAAGGACCGUGACUUUGCAAACCUCAAAAAGCAGGCUGCACAACAGGCUGACGAAUUUGAUCGUCUUGCGAGUAAGUACAAUGAGGCGGUUGGGGCUGUUUCGGACAAGAAAUCGGACUAG